GUAAUGUCAAUUUGACAUUUGUGACGGGUCGGGUUGCGGGUUAUUACAUUUCCACAGACUAGAAUUUCUUCAAAAUAAAAAUCCUGACAAGCGGCUUUAAAUUCCGCCUUUUCACGCAAUAAUGGCCACCAACAUCUCAAAAGUUCCACUCCUGCGAGCCAUCGCGGCUCGCGGCUUCGCAACUUCACCAGCCCCCGUGAGCGGAACCACCACCUACGAAGUCAAAAAUACCACCCUACCGAACCAUGUAGUGGUGGCUUCAGCCGACAACGAAGCCUCCCUGUCACGAAUUUCCAUCGUCUUUAGGGCUGGCUCCCGCAACGAAACCCCUGAAAACACCGGCGUCACUCACACACUACGCAUCAGCGCCGGAUUGUCCACCAAAAACGCGUCACAGUUUGCCAUCAUUCGCAACAUUCAACAAGCGGGGGCAAACUUAACUUGCACGUCAGACCGCGAAAUCGUCGCUUACACUCUAGAAGGAACACGACAAGCCGUGGAGAAAACUUUACCUUUCCUCACAGAAGUGGCAACUAGGCAGAUUUUCAAACCGUGGGAAGUGUCAGACACCGUGCCCCGACAGCGGCUUGAGCUGGCAAUUCGCCCUCCACAGCUGAGGGCCGUCGACUUGCUGCACAAAGCCGCCUUCCGUCGCGGUCUCGGCAACUCCCUCUACAGCGCCAAGUACCACCUAGGCAACAUCUCCUCCGAGACUUUGCAACACUACGUCGCUACGAACUUCACCGCGGGUCGCGCUGCAGUCGUCGGUUUGGGAGUGGACCACUCACAGUUAGUACAGUACGCCCAAAGUCUGUCUCUGGAGGGCGGCGAGGGCUCCACCCCCGCGUCUCCAUACAUCGGGGGCGAAAUCCGAUCCGACAAAGCCGGGGCGCUUGCGUUUAUUGCCAUCGCUGGUCAAGGCGCUGGCCUGAAAGACGCCAAACAGGCCCUCGCGUUCGCCGUUUUGCAAAGAGCGCUGGGUGUGGGGCCCCAGGUUAAAUGGGGGGCUGUGGACAACGGCGCUUUGAGCAAAGCCGUGGGCAGCGCCAUCAACGACCAGUUCGCCAUAGGCGCAAUAAACGCAAGCUACAGUGACACGGGGCUCUUUGGGGCGCUGAUUGCCGCGCCUGCGGCUUCAGCCGGGAAGUUGGUACAAGCGGCCGUCAAGGUUCUAAAAGGGGGUAAUUUGACAGAUGCUGACGUUAAUAGAGGGAAGAAUCAGCUGAAGGCGGCGAUUCUUUUGGAUAAUGAGAGCGGGUCGGAGGCGAUCGGGCUCUUGGGGACGCAGGCGGCGCUUGUGGGGGCAGCCAAAUCGCCGAGUCAGUUGGCAGCCGAAGUGGAUUCGGUUAGUGCAGCGGAUGUGAAUGCGGCUUUGAGGAAAGUAGGCGGGAAGCUGUCAAUAGCGUCGUACGGCAAUUUGGGCACCAUACCCUACCUGGAUGAACUAAAGUAAAUGGUAGUUUAUUAAAGUAACUUAUUUUUUUUCUGUAUACAUUAUUACGUGUAAAAAAUAUUUACUUCAUUAUACAAGUUGAAGAUU